GUAGUGUGGGCGGAAACGGAUUUGGAUAGCAGUAAGGAGAAAGAACGGAAGUAGCAAUAGGACAAAAAACGAAAAACAAAAACAAAACAGGAAGUAUGAAUAAGUGUGUGAUGUUUGCUAUAGGUAGCCAUCAUUAUAUGCAAGGAGUUGGACGUUGUAUCAUACUUAUUUCAUUAUAACUGGUAUAUAUAUAUAUAUAUAUCAUAGUUGUAGUGGCGCACGUAACAAGGCCAGGAAAAGAGACGGUGGUAAUCACACAGGAAUAUAUAAUAUAUAUAUAUAUAUCCUUUCUCCACCUCUGUCUCUCUAUUUUCAACCGACUUGACUCUGUACAAAAGAAUAGUUGAGAAUUUUUACUUCUCUUAAAAGGGAACCAUAUAGACAGAAAAAAAAAGAAGGGAAAACACAAGAGAACAGCAAGCCCCCAAAAUAAUAGGGCAUUUGUUACAUACAUAAAUCUGAGGUGGAACUUGUUGGAAGUAACUGCUGAGUCGAACAGACGAGCAAGAACAUUCAAGCACGGAUAAUAUCGAAGGAGAAUUCGAAAAGCGCCAGAUCUCCGUUUGUUUGAAUAUUUUUUUUAUAUAUUUCUUUUCUUUCUCUCUGCACUAAAUUCUAACCAGCUGCGUGUGUGUGUGUGUCUGGUGUUGAUUCUUCUCCUGUAAGAUAAGAAGCCGAGCCAAACAACAGACGUUUCAUGUGUGUGAAGGUCUAACAAUUUGUCUUAUUUUAUUUUUAUUCACUAACCCGAAAGAAAGGGAUAAAAGGCAUAUUUUUAAAAAUCGUACAUUAUCUAAAUUGACGAAAAAAAUAAUUGCCGUCACUGACCAAAUCUUGUUCUAUGUAGCAUCUAUUUAGAUGUAUUUGUAAAUUCCUUACUUUAUAUCCCCCCAAAAUAAGAUUUUUAUUUUCGAUUUUUUUUUAAAGAGUUAAAAAGAAGAGGAGAGUAAACCUUGCUUAAAGCAAUCUAAAGUAAAAAGUUCGUGAACUAGAAUUGUGACUGGAAGUUAUCAGUUAAAUUUUAUGCCCCGAUAUCGAGAUACAAUGCUAGAUUGUAAAGUUUAUGUUGGGGAUCUUCCCCGUGAUGCAUCAGAGAAAGAGCUGGAACGGUCUUUUCGCCACUACGGCCCGCUGAAAAGCGUAUGGGUAGCUCGAAACCCUGCUGGGUUUGCCUUCGUUGAAUACGAAGACCCACGCGAUGCCGAGGAUGCGAUCCGCGCCCUAGAUGGUAAGACGAUGUGCGGGGUUCGAGUCCGCGUGGAACAUUCCACGGGCAAAGUGCGGCCGAAGCCAUGGUCACGCGGUGGCGGUGGUGGAGGAGGAGGGGGUGGCGGUGGAGGCGGUCGUGGACCGUCGCGUCCGCGGCGUCCAUUUAACCCCGAGGACCGUUGUUACGAAUGUGGCGAACGGGGACACUACGCCUACGAGUGUAACCGCUACAACCGAAGGCGAAGGUCGACUGGCGGUGGGAUGGGCGGUGGCCCCGGAGGUGGAGGUGGUUUUGGAGGUGGUGGCGGUGGCUUUAGCGGCGGUCAUGGAGUUGGUUCAUCAGGUCGGUCAAGAGGUGGAGGUGGUGGACGGAGGAGCUACAGUCGCAGUCGGAGUCGUAGUAGUAGUCGUAGCCGAAGUCGCAGUCCCAGGAGUCGCACCAAGUCACGUAGUCGCAGCUUCACUCCACAGUCCAGGUCAUCCCACUCGCCGCUGAGCCGGGGUAGAGACAGUCCUCUGACUAGGAACGGCACGGACGACUAAAUUCAUCACCUCCACCUAUGUAUAUAUAUAUACAAAUAUAUAUAUAUAGCUUUAGUUAAUUGUAGCCUUCUUAACCUUAUUCACAUACCUCAGUCAUAACUACCAGCACCACGACUCUCGCGCCUCUCGCUCAAUGUCCUUUAUAACUAACCUUCUCUCUAUUUACAAUCUCUUCCACACACUCGUCUACAUUUAACCGCCGUCACUUUACCCUUUCAAAUGUCUUAAUUCUCAAAUCAUUUUCUCCCCCAGAUUUCUAAUUUACAAAAAAAAAAGUUGAUCAAACAGAUCAUUAGUUGUAAAUU